AUGGGUCAAUCUAAGACCCACAGCUCUGUUGACAAUUCCAAGAUGUCUUUUCGAGACAUGGGAGCCAGGAAAGACUUCUGUAACACAAGAAUUGGGCCGCUUCAACGCCAGCUGUGGAAGGGGGAAUAUGGGUUAUUCAAAUAUUCCCCUAUGUUGGAAAGUGAUUUUGUUCAGAUCAGCAAGCAAGGGGGUCCAAUAGAGGUCACCACUGAGGAACAAAUUAUGACAGUCGGUAUCAGCUUUACAAGCCCUGUCCUCCGGAUCCCAGAUGUUCUGCUCGUGGCACGGCCCAUUUACUUGUCUGAAGAUCCGACCCUGCCGCAUGAUACGAAAUUCCAUCCUGGACGCAAAGUGAAAUAUGAGCUAAGCAGGCUGUUCCCUUUGCGCUUGGUGAAGAUCUCCAUUCACAAUGCAGAAAAGCAGCAGCUGAGAUUUAAACUGGUGAGCGGACGCACCUUCUAUCUCCAGCUCUGCCCCGAAUUGGACAGAGGAGAUCGCCUCUUUGAUUCUUGGAUCAGAAUCAUCCAGUUAUUGUGGCCACCCCCGGAGACAAAUUUGGAGAAGAACAAGGCCAUCAAGUCCAACCCCAUCAGGAGUACUCCAGUUCCAAUACUUAAAACUCCGUCUCCUAAGUGCUCAGCUAAGACUGCAUCUCCUAAGUGCCCAGCUGGGAGCAAGCAGACCAUCACCAAAAGUCUCAUGGGGAAAAAGAAUAAGAAAAAAACCAAAAAGGCGAAGUCUCCUGUGAAAGUAGAAAAAGCCCAAGAUCCAGCCCCACCUGCCAGAAGAGAGCAGGAAGCUGAGCCUGUCAGUCGUCCGCCUCCUCCACAGAUCAAGGAGGUGACUGAAGAGCCAAAGGAGGAGCUAGUGGAGAGAAAGCCCUUACACCACAGUCAGGCUGGGGAGGAGAGGAGGCGUGAGAAAAGCCCCCCUGCCAGCAGGUACCAGAAGAGCACUGGGUGGGGGGGAUGA